ACUACUUCAUCGGGGGUAGUAGUUCUUGUUUUUUGGUGAGGACUGUGAGCAGGCUGGGCGCUGCAUUCAGGAUACAACAGCUGUUUUGCCUUGGAUAACUGGCAUUAUCGGGGACCUUUAGGACUCUUGGAAAUUUUCCACUUGCAUUUCAUACUCACGGAAGGAUUUCCAGCCCAGACGUUUCCUGCUGUCACUCACUGCUGCUCACAGAUAGGCAAAGCAGAGCCCUCCCACCCCAGCAGCACAGAUAAGACCCAGCUAGCUGUACUUACACACUGACUCAGCUCAGCCGCCUGCCGGGCAGCACGCAGCACCUGGGCCCCAGUGUGGGAUCCUCCUCUAUCAGUCAUGGAGUCUUCAGCACCAGGCUCAGCCGAAAUGCCACGCCAGUUCCCCAAGCUGAACAUCUCUGAAGUGGACGAGCAGGUCCGGCUCCUGGCUGAGAAGGUCUUUGCUAAAGUGCUUCGAGAAGAGGACAGCAAAGAUGCCCUGUCCCUCUUCACUGUCCCCGAGGACUGCCCCAUUGGGCAGAAGGAAGCCAAGGAAAGGGAGCUUCAGAGGGAGCUGGCAGAGCAGAAGUCUGUUGAGACCGUGAAAAGGUUUGUCCCCAAGACUGGGCUUUUGGGGGUACAUAAUUAUACAAACCCAGGCCAGCUGGGGGUGCAUGUCCUGAGAUGAGGUGCCUCAUGGGAACCAGCAUGUCCCUGGGAGUGGAGGGAGCUGAGUGGGGCCUCAUAUCCGUGUUUUUGUGUUUAUUUCUUAACCAAGACCGUUUAAUUCACCACUUAUUUCUUGAAGGAGGUCUCUUGUGCCUCUGUUGAAAAGCUCAGAAACCACUUUCCCUCAAUUGCUUCUUUAAUAACAAAUCAUGUACACAAAUAAUCAUCAUUUCCAAAUCGCAUUUCAAUUUUCUUUUUGGAAAUGUGAGGAUUUCUUGGGACAUAUCAGUGUUACUUCUUUUCAUUCAUCAUGUGGACAAGUAUUUUCCUCAGUUUACUGAUUGCCAUGUGCUGUGCUGGGCACUGGGGGUGCAGUAAUGAACAAGACAGAUGCAGUCCCUGCUCUGUUGAGCUUAUAGUGAAUCUAGACAAUAAUUAAGUAACUGGACAAAUUAAUUAAAUUUUAAGAUCUAACUGAAAAACAGAAACCACUGGAGUAUUGGAAACAGGAUUUUAACGUGGGGAAUUGGUUACACAGUUGGCGAAGAGCUGAGAAGUCAAACAGGGGAGAAGGAGGCAACCCAGAGAUUGGACACAGUAGGAAGCAACUCCACCCCUAGGCUGGAGAGACCAUGGAAAGAGGUAGUGUUGCUGGAGCCCAGAGUGGGGCCGCCUUGGGGAAGCUGACCCGUGGUGGGCCUGUCAGUUGGGAAUUGGUGCCAUGGAGGAGUGACAGCAACUGCGAGAUGCCUCCUCAGGCAGAGAUGGAGGUGGAGGAUACCCUAGCUUUACCUUUCCUGUGUCUUCCAGUUUCUCCCAGUAUCUCCCAUUGGCCAGAGUCAGUCGGAAGCCAGCUGACCUGCACCUAGGAAACAUAGGGAAGGGUGAGGAACAGAUGUGGGGGCAAACAGGCCCAGCACAAACGCUAUGAAGGAGAUGAUUAAGUAGGGGAGAGAGAGAGAGAAAAAUGAGGGGUGGGAGCAUCCUUCUUUAGGAAGGGUAGUCAGAGAAGAUCUCUCCAAGCAGAUAACAUUUUAGCUGAAGAUGUGAAGAGCUGGUGAGAGUCUUACAGGUACAGGAGUCGGCCAGGGCAAAGAACCUCAAGUAUAUUUGAGGAGACCAGUGUGGCUAAAGGGAAAAGUGUAAUGACAUAAGACUGGAGGGAUGGGCGGCCCCAGUGGCGUGGUCAUCCCUAGAGGGUACAGAAGAACAUGUCUGUGGAGAUCCUCAUCCACACUGCACCAGCUUAGCAGAAGGGCUAAUUUUACGGACUGAAAGGUCUGUAGAAUCUUCUGUGUGUUAUGAAUUGAGCAUUUUAGCCUCCUAUAAUGAGAAGAGAAAGGAGUCCUAGUAUUUUUUUUUUUUUAAUU